GGAAUCAACGCAGGAGGGGCUUAGGUGCAUAUAUGAUAUAUUAGAAUCUCAAUCUCUGUCGUUGGACCAGUAAAGGGGAGGGAGGCAGCGAGAGAUGGGAAGGAUUGGGUUCGGCGGGGUUUGCCUCGAUUGGAGAGGGAGGCUGAAGUUGUUUUGGGGUUGAGUGGUCGUCGGAGGCAUGGCUACCGGCUUCUUCCUUCUCUAAAUUUUUUAUCCUAAUUUUAGUAAUAUUAUAUAACAGAGUUAGAUGAAGUUAGCUUUGGUGACAUGUGUUAAGCAAUGAUACAAGGCACAGGGAGGCCAUAGAGAGUUUUGAGUGCAGAAAAUCUGGACUCAGUGGUACAAGGGCAUUUAGCCAUCAGGGAGAGGAUAUCGGUUAAAUGAAUUGAAUAUCUUUGUUUGUGUUCCCUUUCUCUGCAUUUCCUUUUUGUUCCUGCAUUUCCUUCCUUUCAAUAUACUUGUAUCCUAUCAGUUUUUGGAUCACGAGUUAGAUGAAAUCUACUGCAGUGAUUUGCAAGGUGCAUCCUUGGAAGGUCCUAUUCCUUACACCAUAUCUUCCUUGAAAUAUGUAAAGGAAUUAAUGAUAUCAGAUUUGCACGGACCAAGUAUGCCUUUUCCUACUCUGAGAUAUAUGAAAGACAUACAGAUAGUGAUUAUGAGAAAUUGCUCAAUUAGUGGUACAAUCCCUAAUUACCUUGGCGAGCUUACAAAUCUAAGAAAAUUAGACUUAAGCUUUAACAAGUUGACUGGAGAAAUUCCACAGACAAUUGAACGUGCUAGCCAUAUAUCUUUCAUGUCUUUGAGCAACAACAUACUGAAUGGAGAAGUACCAAUUUGGAUAUUGCAGAGCAAACGUUACCGGGACUUGUCAUACAACAAUUUUACAGGAUCACCUUCCGUCAGUUGUCAACACUUGCCUGUGAAUUUGGUUUCUAGUUAUACGUCAUCAGAAAACUUGUGGUGCUUGAAGAAGGACCUUCCUUGCUCCUCAAAACCGAAAUACCAUUCUAUAUUUAUCAAUUGUGGAGGGAGGAAGAUGAAGUUUGAUGGUCAUACAUAUGAAGAGGACUUGAGCUCUUUCGGACCAUCAGACUUUGUUUCGUCGGCUCAAAAGUGGGGCUACAGCAGUACCGGCGUGGAUAUGAGCAACCUCGAUGCAAAUUACAUUGCAACAUCUUUGAACAUUACCAGGCCAGAUUUAUAUCAAACAGCGCGCAUUGCCCCUCUUUCCCUUAAGUACUAUGGCCUUUGCAUGCUCAAAGGCAACUACAAAGUGCGGCUCUACUUUUCGGAGAUUAUGUUCACGGAUGACCAAACAUUUAGCAGUCUCGGAAAACGCUUGUUUGACAUCUCAAUUCAAGGGAACUUGGUUUUGAAAGACUUCAACAUUAUGGAAGAAGCAAGAGGUGUUGGUAAGGGCAUUGUCAGAGAGUUUGACAAUGUCACCGUUAUUGGUAGCACACUGGAGAUCCACCUAUAUUGGGCAGGAAAAGGGACGACUGCCAUUCCUCAUACAGGUGUCUAUGGGCCUCUUAUAUCAGCCAUUAGUGUGACGCCAAACUUUGAACCUCCAAAAAAAAAUUUAAGCUACGUAGAGCGUGUUAGGAGUCAUGUGCCUAUAGGCACAAUGGUAGGAAUUGGAUGCGCAAUAGCAGUCAUCAUCAUCGCCAUCGUAUUACUAGCGCUCAUUAUUCUUUGGAAGAGAGGCCUCCUAGGACGACAAAAAACAUUGGAGGAUGAUUUGAAAGGUGUGGAACUACAAACUCGCAAGUUUACCUAUACGCAACUCAAAGAUGCCACAGCCAACUUUGACCAAGCCAAUAAGAUUGGUGAAGGUGGUUUUGGUACUGUUUAUAAGGGCAUUCUUGCAAAUGGAACCCUGAUUGCUGUUAAGCAACUUUCUUCCAAGUCAAAGCAAGGAAAUCGAGAAUUUGUGAAUGAGAUAGGCAUGAUUUCCGCUUUGCAACAUCCUCACCUUGUAAACCUAUACGGAUGUUGUAUUGAUGGAAAUCAACUAUACCUUGUCUAUGAGUACAUGGAAAACAAUAGCGUUUCUCAUGCUUUGUUUGGGGCAGAAGAAAGUCAUUUGAAGUUGGAUUGGCCAAUAAGGCAUAAUAUAUGUGUUGGCAUAGCAAAAGGUUUGGCUUACCUUCACGAGGAAUCAAGCUUGAAGGUUAUCCAUAGAGAUAUCAAGGUCACGAACGUGUUGCUUGAUAGACAUCUUAACCCGAAGAUAUCGGACUUUGGGUUGGCCAAACUUGCCGAAGAAGAUAAAACACAUAUAAGCACCCGUGCUACUGGAACUUUUGGAUACAUGGCACCAGAAUAUGCACUUCGGGGUCAUCUCACAGACAAAGCAGAUGUCUACAGCUUUGGAAUUGUUGUACUGGAGAUUAUCAGUGGGAAGAAGAACUCAACUCAGCAGACAAAUGCAGAAGGAUUUUAUAUUCUUGAUUGGGCGCAUGUUCUCAAAUCGGAAGGGAAUUUGAUGAACUUAGUGGAUCCAAAGUUGAGCUCAGAAUUCAACAAUGAAGAGAUAAUGGCUACAAUCAAUGUGGCUCUCCACUGCUGUAAUUCCACUUCGAAGCUUAGGCCCACUAUGUCUGCAGUUGUGAGUAUGCUCGAAGGUAAGGCUGCUGUUGAAGAGUUUGUCUUGGACCCUAAUCCCUCGACAAGUGAUGAGAUGGACCCAACAGUGAAGAAACUUUUCCAAUUCUGUUUGAGAGGGGGUGCUGGGUCAGUUGAAGGGCCAUCGAAUGAUUCAUUUGCAGCUCUUGAUGAUAUCCAUCCAUUCAAUCCUCAUUCAGGUCGCCAAGACGAUAGAAAAGGCAGAAAAUGGCACAGUUUUUAGGGAUUUGAAAAAUUUGAGAUCACUACUGUCUUCUCUGGCAACAAAUGUCCAACUGCAAGUGUAUAUAUUUUCCUGUGUGUGAUGGUCACAUACAAUUAAUUAAAUGGUGCAAAAUCCCAUACAAAUUUCUUAGUUCUAUGGCACUAAAGAUGAAAGCUAAGUUUGACAAGUACUGGGGCAAGUGCAGUUUGGCUUUUGGCAAUAGCAGCAAUCUUGGAUUCGAUCCAAAAUGAAGUUGAUGGAGUACUACUACUCUCAAAUAUACGGUAAUACUGCUCUGGACAGGAUUAAGGAAGUUUCCAAUGGCCUCAAGAACCUUUUUUAUGCUUAUUAAAUUUGCUCAGUAAUGGUUGAACAAGGUUCAGCUUUGCGUGGCAGCAGCUUACCCAGUACCAGCACUGAUAGUAGGGAUCGAUUGAAGGGAUUUGACAAACCUCUCAGAGCCAAAACUUGAUAUCGGACAUGGACAAGUAUCUAGAGGAACCAGUCUUUGUGCACUGUUGUGAUAUUAAAAUAUUAAAUUGGUGGAAGGUCCACACGCCAAGGUACCCUAUUUUGUCCAUGAUGGCAAGUGACAUUCUGGGAACUCCUAUGUCAACUGUUGCACCAGAACCAGCAUUCAACGUUGGUGGUAGAGUGCUUGAUGAAUGUCAAAGCCCACUGAAUCCUGACACUCGAGAGGCUUUGGUGUGCAUACAAGAUUGGUUGCAGAUGCCAAUUCAUUGUCAAGCCAUUCUGCUACACCAAUUCCUUCAGCCAGACCAAUUCUUGUUGAGUAGAGUUAAAUUUCCAAUGGUAUGAAUCUGCUACAUUUGCUGCAAGGUUGAUGGAUCAGCUAUUGGCCUAUCCUGUGCUGUCUAAAUGAUGUUGACACACCUAAAGCUGGUCAGGGCAGUGAAUCUUAUCUAUAUCUCCAUGUCAAUACAUCACAUGAGACUCAUUAAUUGCUUGUAGUUCCUUGUCAAGCUUAGUUGUUAAUUUAGCAUAUCAACUAGAUUCCCAUACCUGUACGUAAAUUAGACUGAUCUCUUUCGUCAUUGAAAGGUGUAUCUUUGAUUUUUGGGCAUUCUAUUCUUCCUUUGUAAGAUGUGGUUCUUCAUGGUUUAGAUUGAAUAGAAGCUGAAUUUGACAAAAUGUUGGAUGCUUAAUCAAUAAUCUAUACAUUUUUAUGUGUGUACAAAGCCUUCA